CGUGACCGCCGUUGUGGUCGUAGUUUAGUGCGUUCGCUGGUGUCCCUCGGUUGCGUGAUCGACGAUGUUCGCACCUCCGUAGUGCGGCGAUGCAGCUACGGGCAGGAGGAGUCGUGCCGCGGUGUCACUGAACGUUACCUGAUCGUUCUUGGACGAAUCGGUUUAACCCUAGAAUCGUUACCUGUGCGUUUCGAAGCGACGAAUCUCGGAUGCGUCACGUUCAGGACACUCGGCAAGGUCUAGCGGAACGACCUUGAGGAGAUUCACUCGAAGCCGAAGAAUUGAUUCGAAGAAAACGAUAUACUGAACGCGUACCGACUCGAAAUUAAGAAAACAAACAGAAUUCAAAGGAAGGAAAUCACGUAACGAGUUAACUGCGAAGGUAUUCUCUGCGAAUCAGCCUGAUCUCAGGAUUGAAUCGUCUAGAAUUUCGAGACCGCGUGGGCGAAUUUUUACGUCUCGAUGUUCAUCUUCGCGCCACGUGACAACAUGUCGACGUCUCGUCAGGGAUCGACGGGCCGACGGAAUCGGUACGCGCGAUCCUCGACCACCACAAGUGUCACCCAGAUGCUCAGCGAAUCGUGCUCGAGCCUCCUGCAGCGAUUAACCACCCGGGUACGCGGUACGUCCACGUUGAACGAGCACGUUGGUAACAAACCGAGCCUCGCUAGACGAACCUCGCCCGGCAUCAACCUUGCCACCGCCAAGUCCCGACUGGAGGACAAGUACUCGACCAUCCUGGACAAGUACUCCAGGAAGAAGCGUCACGAUCACUCGGAUCACACCACCGACUACAGGCGUACCCGCGAAAGGGAUCACAGUUACUUCAGACGCGAGGACAGUCCUUUCGUCCGGGACGAAAAGACACUGGAACCUUCGAUGAGCCGCACCGUCGUCAAGAGUCCAACCAGCGUCCUGCUGUCCGAGAAAGCGUACCCUUACGUGAAAUCCUCCACGAGGGACUUGAAACGCGAGAAGACACCCGGUUACCAUCGAACGGAGAGACACGGUUUAUUGAACUCGGAAACGUACCGCAGAUACGGCAGGCACAAGUCCGGCCAUGCCGAGAGCCGCACGCGGAAAGUGAGGCCUUACAGAAACGGUAAAAGCGAGCAACUAGAGAGUUCGUCCACGGCGCUCAGGCUGGCCCGACCUGUAAAAUUGGACACCGUGAAUUCGAAAGAGAAGACGAACGAUGGUAGCGAUCCGGAUAAGACGCCGACCGGUAGCGUGGCACGCGACACGAACGUCCUUCCUCGGAUCGUCGACUCCGAAGAAUCGGAUCCGGCGAUCUCCGAGAGGGCUGCGAAACGGAAGGAGAUUCAAAGUCUGAUACUGAAGUACGCCGCUAUGGAGGAGACUUACAGUCAGCUGGCUGCCGGUGGCCAGCUGAAGAUGCGGCCCAGUACCACGGACAUUAUCGCCAGCAAGUAUAGGAAAGGCGAGCGUAAAGACUCGUCGAAGAACGCGUCAAAGAACGCGUCGAAGAACGCGGUUACCUCCGUCGCGAGUGUCGUUAACAACUCGGACACGGUCCACCAGGCGAUUAACCUACGACUGCCCUCCGUCGAGGACGACGCAGACGGCCACCUUGUUUACCAAACCGGCGACAUCCUGGCAGAUAGAUAUAAAGCACUGGACACCCUAGGAGAGGGUACUUUUGGAAAAGUUGUCAAGGUUAAGGACGUGCAAAUGGACCACGUGAUGGCUCUGAAAAUCAUCAAGAACGUGGAAAAGUAUAGGGAAGCCGCGAUGCUCGAAAUAAACGCCUUGGAGAAAAUUGCGACCAAGGAUCCAGAAGGCCAACACUUAUGCGUGAAGAUGCUCGACUGGUUCAAUUAUCACGGUCACAUGUGCAUCGCCUUUGAAAUGCUUGGGCUUAGUGUAUUCGAUUUCUUGAGAGAUAACGAUUACCAACCUUAUCCAUUGGAACACGUCAGGCAUAUUGGGUAUCAAUUGUGCUAUGCCGUGAAAUUCCUACACGAUAAUAAACUCACGCACACUGAUCUAAAACCCGAAAAUAUAUUAUUCGUAGAUUCCGAUUACGAGGUCAUACAUAAUAGCAAAAAGAAGUUUCUUUUUUUCAAGCGAAAGGAUUUCAAACGCGUUAAGCGAACAGACAUAAGGCUGAUCGAUUUCGGCAGCGCUACCUUCGACCACGAACAUCACAGCACGAUUGUUAGCACGAGACAUUACAGGGCACCAGAAGUAAUUUUAGAAUUAGGAUGGUCACAGCCUUGUGACGUGUGGUCGAUUGGCUGCAUCCUCUUUGAACUGUACCUGGGUAUCACUCUGUUUCAAACACACGACAACCGUGAGCACUUAGCAAUGAUGGAGCGUAUACUUGGCCCGAUUCCAUAUCGUAUGGGUCGCAAGACUAAGACUAAGUAUUUCUAUCACGGUAAAUUGGACUGGGAGGAAAGGGGUUCGGCCGCCCGAUACGUUGAGGAACAUUGUAAACCUUUACACCGUUGCAUGCUUUCGGACGACGAAGAACAUCGACAACUAUUUGACCUCAUUCAGAAAAUGUUAGAAUACGAACCUUCUAACAGGAUAGAAUUAAAAGACGCAUUGACACAUCCGUUCUUCGACGCGUUACCAGCACACCAAAGAUUGCCAGACCUACGAGCAGCUGGUGAUUCUCAACAAUCUCACGAACGAUCGCAUUCUCUUUCUCGAUGAAGCUAGGAAAGGGACCGACCUCCAUGCUGGACAGACACUCCACUAUCAACGACGCUACUGCCCUACGUUACAAUACUGAUAUCCUUAAGCCUCACAAGACUGUGUCUUUUUCGUAGGAACAAAAUUCGAUGACGAUUGCUUGACUUAAAGAUUAAAAAAAUUGAAAGUGAAGCGAACGAAAUAAAAAAAGAGGCUCGAAAUUUUAGUAGGAAAUAUAAAUUAAAUUAAAUUCAAUGAUAACGACCGACGAUGUUGGUUAAAUUACAAGUAAUCGUAUUGUUUAUUAAUAAACGUUAAUAUAAAAAAGAAAGCAGUAGUGCAAUGGUGCUGUGGAACUCGGACUCGAUAAAAUUAUAUUUACGGCAGAAUGAAACCAACCUCUGAGUCAAGAUAUUAUAAGAAAAAAAAAAGAAUAUCGACACUCUCUGAUGUUCGUUUAAAGACGACGAAAUUGGUAGACAGCCAAACUAUACUUGACAUAGUCCUUGUUACUGGCACUUUAAACGUGCCAGUGUGUCUGCUCAGUGUAGCGUAACAGAGUCCCAUCAUUGUAAACAUUUUCUAAACGCUCUUCUGUACAUUUUAUCCUUUAAUUUUAUUACGAUGUUAUUAUGCAACAAAGUUUGGAGUAAAGGGUCGCAGUUUAUACUCUGUUUGUUAUAGAUUGAUGACCAUGGCGUGUUUUAAUAGUAAGAAUCAGACUUAGUGAUAAGACAAGUAAAUAUUAUGCGUACGUGUUGACAUUAAUUAAGAUUAACAAAAAAGGGAGAGAAAGUGAGAGCGUGUGAGGAAUUCAAUGGACGCCAAAUCAUCGUCGUAAAAUACACAUGUUAACGUUCUUGGAAACCAUAAUGAUACGUAUGUGGUUAUUAUUAGAAAAAUGCUAACAUGUUUUGUUCCUCGAAAUUCGAAGGAAACUAAGCUGUUUCUUUAAAAAAUUUUUUUUUUUUUUUAGUUCGGCGUAUAAAUGAAUUUCGUUGUAUUGUCUUUACGAGGUUGCAGACAAUCAUGUGUGUUUUAAGUUUCAUCGAUCCUUAAGAGAUUCGGUAGAAGAAAAGGGUGGGGCGAAUUUGAUACGGUUCUAAGUACUCAAUACACUGACAAUGAGUUUACGCGUGUAUUGCCUAUAUAUCUGUGAAAAAGCGCGAGCUUUAAGUACAUAAAGACGCCUCUGCUUUUUACUUCGUUUAAUAGAUGAAUACCUUUAAAUUAUAAAACUUUCGCUCAUAUGUACGUCUUGUUUGUCUCUUUCGGUUCUUAAUUAAAUAUACAACGUGACGGAAGUUUAAAACACCCUGCUGCUCGUACAAAGAAGAAGAAUUAUGUCCUGGGCACUGUGAGGAAUGCUGUUUCGAGUAGCAAUAAACACAUUUCUUUCAAAUAA